AAGUCAAAUAACUCGACUGUGGCGGUUAAUUCUGUAGAGGUAUACGAAGCAAACCCGCUCUGGGGAUCUUCACCAUGCUCAUCGCAUCAGUGAGUCGGGUGAGUUUCUCAGUGAGCUAGCACCAGUCGUCUAAGCUCUCAAAGAGAGCAUUUACAUGUAGGCCAUCGCCUACCAAGUCAAGGGUAUUUUCAUAUUGCAUACGAAAAGCAAUACUUCGUAAUGGCUCUGAUAACGGGAAGUCAUCUCGAUCUCGGUUUGUACAUUGCAUUUGUACUGGCGAUCCUGACUUUCUGGUGGUACUACCGUCAUCAUCAGUCCAUGAAGAAGCUUCCACCGGGGCCGUGGGGAUGGCCCCUGCUCGGACUCCUACCCCGGAUCCUCCUCGAGAUACGGGGAGGGUCCCACCCGCAUCUUCUCUUCACUAAGCUCACCCGGAGAUUCGGUCCAAUCUUCGGCUUUAACGUGGUGAAUCAGACACUUGUCAUUCUGAACGACUACGCAUCUGUUAAACAGGCUUUCCAGAAUCCCCAUUUGAGUGAUCGACCACCGAAGACACUGAUAGCUGAGGCAAUGAAAAGCGAAGGCGUCGCCAUGUCAUCCGGGAAGAAGUGGAAAGAUCUCCGGCAGUUUUCACUGACUGUGCUCCGCAGUCUCGGUGUCGGCAGGGCCACCUUCGAGCACCGGAUCGGCACGGAGGCUCAAGCCCUCAUCCGGGAGAUAUCAAGUCACAAGGGGAAAGGAUUCAACCCCAAGCUCAUCUUCGGCAAUGCCGUCGCCAACGUCAUCUGCUCCGUGGUCGUGGGCAAGCGUUACGAGUACUCGGACCCGACGUUCACCAACCUCAUGCGGGUCAUUCACCGGAUCGUGAACCACAUCGGAUCGGGCGGACUUAAGAACGCCAUACCGGCUAUGCGUGUUUUCACCGGGAAUAAAACCGAAAUCUUCGCUACCUUCGGAGAGUUCCGGAGUUUCCUGUUGGACGUCGUUGCGUCACACCGAUUGAACUUCGACCUGUACAAUCUACAAGACUUCACCGAUGCGUACUUGAUGGAGAUUAUCCACAACGAGGAGGCGAAUGGCUCGCUAGUCUCAUCACAGGCCUCCGUAACAGAACACUCCGGGACAUUAAAACACCCUCAUCUUAAUGACAACAACAUUGUCGGCACUUUGGGCAACCUCUUUGCGGCUGGGAUGGAGACUACAGCCACGACUCUGCUAUGGGCAGUUGUCUACAUGAUGGCAUAUCCGGACAUCCAAAGAAGAGUCCAGGACGAGAUUGACACCGUGGUAGGUCGCAAUCGCCUGCCGAGACUGGCCGACAAACCCGGGCUGAACUUCACCCAGGCUGUCCUGUGGGAAGUCCAGAGGAUCUCCGUAGUUGUCCCGCUUGGUAUGCCUCACUUCGCCUCGGCUGAUACCGAAGUACGGGGAUUUGCAAUUCACAAAGAGACGAUUCUCAUGGCGAAUCUGUGGGCAUUGUUUCGAGACGAGAAGGUGUGGCCUGAACCAGCGAAGUUCAAACCGGAGAGGUUCCUCGACGCAAACGGCAAAGCUGUUAAGCCGGACGAGUUAAUUCCAUUUAGUAUAGGUCGAAGGAGUUGUAUUGGCGAGCACCUUGCCAAGAUGGAGCUUUUCAUUUUCUUCACGUAUUUCAUGCAUCAAUUCACCUUUAGGAAGCCAGAGGACUCGGCACCGCUGACGUUCGAGGCGAUGGUCGGGUUGACUAGGUAUCCAUUACCAUUCGAUACGUGUGCGAUACUUCGAGACUGAUUUUGCAACAUGGUGAAUGGUACGGAUUUAUUUUGAUAUACUUGAGUUGAAGUUCAGAUGCUCUACACACAACUUUGAUAGAAAUAGGGAGAUAUAACUGAUUCUGGCUGUCAACUGUGCCCAUAGCUGCAGAUUCAGCACCUACUCAAGUGGCUGAAACAGGGUUAUCCACCACUGUCCGUAUGGUAGAGAGAAAAAUGCAUUUUAUAUCUUCACAUGUUUUGACGAAGCAAUGGGAGACUUUCUGGGACGAUAGAGGGCAGC